AUGGUCUUCGUAGACCGGUACGCAGGACACACCACACUCAGGCAGACCCAAAUCUAUCCAUCCAUCCAUCACGGCCUCUUCCCUCUGUUACCUGUUGGUCUCCUCAGGCAUGCCCACGGCGGUGUGCUGGACGGCCUCCUCAACCACUCGCCCCACCAGCCCCCCGACCGAUGCACCGCCAUUAUGGCGGUGCGGGUGGACGACGACGAUCCCCGCGCUGAGGUCCGGCGGCUGCUGCUGACGCCGUUCGACAGCCCAUUCGUCGCGGAGAUCUUUCUCGUCACCCCAUUCGUCGACACGAACGAAGGUGAGGGAGGGGUCAUGCAUCCUCUGUUGACUGGGCCAUCCUCCGAUAUGUGUUGUUUCGCUGAAUGCAGUGGGUGUGUUCGUUAGCACCAACGAGGCGCCCGUAGGUGAUGCAUCGGAUGCCUUCAUGGACCGCCGGCCCGCCACCGCCCCCCUGGUGGGCGGCCUGCUGACCAACGCCAUCGCAGACAUGUUCAUCUACCAGAAAGAGAGAGCUCAGCAAUAAAGGCUGGUCAGGCGAGCUGUGUGGUGGAAAUAGAGUAGUGAAUGGGGGCUGGGACCAAUGAACGAUAUGGGCGUGUGCAGUGUUGCCGAUACUGAUGGAUGGAUGGAUGGCAGUAUGGCAGUCAAUGGACAGUUCAUAUGUGUGGACAGUGCAGUGCAGAUCAGCCAUUGCAUGGUGGUUGAUACACAACUACCACUUGACCCACACAUGAGAGAAAUGCAUGGAUCCACACACAUGAAAUGGUCAGUCA